CUUGAAGCAAUUCAAUUCAAUUGAAUUUUAUCACUACUAAAAAGCUUCCAAACCCUCUGAUUUUUCAAAGGGGCAAAUUCGAAAUGACCUAAAGUCGUGUUCUUUUGGAUUCUCCAAAACAGGGAAGUGCGUGCAGCUCAGGCCCAAUGCAGAAACUGGGGCGGACGAGCGUCUUCCGUUCACUGCGUCUUCUCAAAUCUCAUAAUCGGCUCAAUAUUGAGAAACCCAGCUUGGGUGAUGUUGUAUGCAAGGUGUUUGUUCAAAAGCCUGCUGUUGGGGACUUGGUUGGUAUUACAAGGUUUCCAUUGGAGGGCCAUCGAUGGGUUCAUUCAGCUCCUUGUGUUAACGCUGAGCACAAAGCUGCGGAGCCAUUGGGAAAUUCGAAAGAAGGCACAUUUGCUAAGGACACUGGUAGUGCUACAGUGAAGAGGAAAAAGCUCAAGGGGAAAAGAGCAGUCGUUAGGUGGCUCAAGUUCUUCAGGUGGAAGAAGAAGAAGGAUUAUAAGAGAAUGACUGCGGAGGAAAAAAUUCUCCACAAGUUGAGAAAGGCUCAAAGGAAAGAGGAAAGGCUUGUUGAAGCUCUUAAGAAGAUUGAGCCCUCGGAGACAUCAGAGACAAACCAUGAUCCAGAAAUAUUGACACCAGAGGAACACUUCUUCUUUUUGAAGAUGGGUCUCAAGUGCAAGAAUUAUGUGCCCGUUGGAAGACGGGGAAUAUACCAGGGUGUGAUUCUGAACAUGCACUUGCAUUGGAAGAAACAUCAAACUCUGCAAGUGGUGGUCAAGACAUUCUCACCUGAGGAGGUUAAGGAGAUUGCUUCUGAGCUGGCAAGAUUAACUGGAGGGAUUGUGCUCCGCAUUCAUGAAGAAUACACAAUAAUUAUGUACAGAGGGAAGAACUAUUCUCAGCCACCGACAGAGAUUAUGUCACCUAGGGUCACUCUCUCUAGGAAGAAGGCUUUGGAUAAAUCGAAGUAUAAGGAUGGCCUUCGGGCUGUAAGGAAAUAUAUUCCAAAACUUGAACAGGAUCUUGAUUUGCUUCGAGCACAGGCUAAAAGGAAACCUGAAAUUGAAACAGAUGCCAUUGAAGAAACCCAAGAAACUGACAUUGAUAGUGUAGACUCCAGGAGCUCCUCAAAUUUGAAGCUGGAGCCUUCAGAUAAGCUGAAAGAAAUAAUCGGUCGAAGCAAGGGAUGUACUGAAGAUGAACUUGUAACGGAUUCAGAAAUGCCUUCGGACUCCGAAGAUUUAUCAGAUAUUUUUGAGACUGACUCUGACAAGGAGACUGAGGAGAAGGCAGAGCGACCGUUGUAUUUGGAAGAGUUUGAAAAGUUUCCAGUUGAAGGUGACGGAGAACCUGAAGAUUUUGAGGAUCACCUGCGUCAAAUAUCCAUGGACUCAAAGAAGGCUAAAUCAGCGAACGAAGAUGCUGACUUGCCAAAUUUUGAUGAGGUUGAUAGGAUAUUUCUGCGCGCUGCUUCACUUUUAAAGAAAAAAAGAAGAUGAGACACACAUGUAAAUUGUUUAUGAUCACCAUUCGAUUGUCAGAUACUUGUUAGUUUCUAGUUAAAUGUAAUAUUUGGUUGCUGUGGUGAAUUUCUUUUGUGCUAAAA